AUGGGUCUCGCAUUUUCCAAGAUUUUUGACAAGCUUUGGGGAAAGAAGGAGAUGAGAAUUUUGAUGGUCGGUCUUGACGCCGCCGGAAAGACUACGAUUCUCUACAAGCUCAAGCUCGGUGAAAUCGUCACGACCAUUCCUACCAUUGGUUUCAACGUCGAGACUGUUGAGUACAAGAACAUCCAGUUCACCGUGUGGGACGUUGGUGGUCAGGACAAGAUCCGCCCUCUGUGGAGACAUUACUUCCAGAACACCCAAGGUAUCAUCUUCGUCGUUGACAGCAACGAUCGCGACCGUAUCGUCGAGGCCCGUGAGGAGCUUCAGCGCAUGCUCAACGAGGACGAGCUGCGGGAUGCCAUUCUCCUGGUCUUCGCCAACAAGCAGGAUCUGCCUAACGCCAUGAAUGCCGCCGAGAUCACAGACAAGCUUGGCCUCCACUCUCUGAGACAACGCGCCUGGUACAUCCAGUCCACCUGCGCCACCUCCGGUGAUGGUCUCUACGAGGGUCUCGAGUGGCUUGCCACCACCCUGCGCAAGGCGGGUCACCAGUAA